UAAAAGCCCAUCCUAGGGACCAUCGAUUACAGUUCGCUUCCCACCGCCCAAGCAAACAUAAAGGUUUUAGUUUCACAACAAGAAUCGAAUCUCUCGGCAAAAUGUUCAAGGUGAUCGUAUGCGUAUUUGCAAUACUGGCCAUUGCCAGCGCGUUCCCAUCGGAUAUUACCCAUCCCGAAGGAGGACGUGGUAACUUUGGCCCAGCUCCUGCAGGAGCUCAUGGUAACUUUGGACCAGCUCCUACAGGUGCUCGUGGUAAUUUCGGCCCAAAUCCUGCAGGAGCACGUGGUAACUUCGGCCCAGCUCCUGCUGGAGUUCCACCAGCACGAUCGCCAGUUCAUUCCCAGGCUGGACCGGACGAUCUGGCCGCUGCCGAUGGUGAGGGCGACAAGGAAGGUUUGGAAAAGUCGGAAACGUUUGGUUUUGGAUACUAUCCAAGAUACUACCAUUAUGGAUACUCGCCGUACUACUAUUACUAUCCACGCUACUAUAGCACUUACUGGUGGUGAAUGGUUAAUAGUUACUUAGGUGUUUGCUAACUGCAAUACCAGUUUAAUAAUGAACUGAUUUAGAUUUGUAAAUAAAAUUAUUUAUUUAAAAUAAAUGCUUGAAAAGGUAA